AUGCCUUCCCUUUCGCCGCGCUACUUUCGGCUUCGUGACGGGGCGGCGUCCUGCCCAUCGCCCGAGGGCCGCCGACAAUCUGGGUCUCGGGCCCUGGACCAGGAACGUCCAGGUGCACUUUCCCUCCCGCCUCCUCUGCCUAAACCCUGGCCCCUGGCUGCGAGCGGCCUCGGUCAGCAUCGAGGAUGGGCACACUCGGCGUGCACGGCGGUCGAGGACGCCGCGCUGGGGAUGGUGGUGGCGCUGCUGGAGCUGGGCGGGGGCUGGGAUGGACGGACGUUCACGACGGGGGCAACGGCGGGCAACAUACUCGGGCUGGCGUGCGGGCGGGAGGCGGUGGUCAACGCGCGCGGCGGUAGGACGACGGUUGCGGAGGCGGGUUUGUUGGCGGCGUGCAUGGCCGGUGGCGUGCGGGAGGUGCAGGUGCUGACGAGCAUGGGCCACUCGUCGCUGAGCAAGGCGGCGAGUGUGGUGGGGCUGGGACGCGGGUGUGUUAAGGAGGUGGGGUUGAGUGCGGAAGAGCCGUGGCGGUUGGAUUUGGAUGCCGUGGAGCGGGAGCUGCGGCGGGAGGGGGAUGGGGUGCCCUAUGAUAACGGCAUCUUUCUCUGCCGGCACGCUUCCGUCCUCACGCAGGUCUGCAGUAACCCCAACGCUGCGUACCUCGCGUCCUCUGCUGGUCCCGAUUCCAUUUUGAGUCCGCUAAAUAUUGGCCUUGAAAACUCGCGCCGGUUCCGUGCCCUGCCGGUGUACGCUGUCCUAUUAAGCGAAGGUAGGGAAGGGAUGGCGGCCAUGCUCAGCCGGAUGGUUCUCCUCGCGCGGGAAAUUGCUGCAUUUGUGCGGGAUUCGGACCACUACGAGUGGCUGCCGAGCGAGGAUGCGUCGUUGGAGAGUACAUUCAUCGUCGUGCUGUUCCGAGCCAAGGAUGCCGUCUUGAACGAAGUGCUGGUUGACCGGAUCAACGCGACGGGCAAGAUGUUUGUCAGCGGGACCAAGUGGGACGGAAAGAAGGCUGUUCGCAUUGCUGUGGGGAGCUGGCGGGUCGAUGUCGAGAGGGAUACGGCGGUUAUCAAGGAGGUAUUGACCGCUAUUGCCGAGGGUCGGGAGUAG